CUUUGAGGAGAAGCAAACAAUACAGGGCAAGAAAAUCAUUGUUCAUUUUAACGGUAUUUUUUAUGCUGUUUGUUGUCAUUAACAGUUGAAGAAGAAAACUUUACGUUUCUUUUGAAAUCAAAUGUUAUAACAUGACAGAUGGAGCUUUGAAAGCGAAGAAAGGAGUUUUAUUCUGCGAACUAGCUAAACAUAAGAGAUUUCACAGUUUUCUAAAUUUUCUUUAUGAUGAUAUCAGCUGUGUCAGGGCACUAUGGGCUUUUUGAAGCAAUUCGCUAUAAGAGACACAGGCAGGCAAUGCUACUGGCCGAGGCUGGAAUCGACGUGGAUUGUAGAAAUGAAAAAGGCCAAACUCCACUCAUCUACACAGUGAUCGCUGUAGACGACUGCAGCAGAAGUCGUACCAAACUGGUCAAGUUAUUCUUAGAGGCAGGAGCAGAUCCGAAUGCUGCCGACUGGAAAGGGUUAACUGCUUUGAUGCAUGCUUCAAUCCUUGGACAAGCCGAGACUGUGAAGCCAUUACUAGAAUGUGUAUGGACUAAUCCUAGUUUAACAGAUCCCAAUGGAAACACAGCUUUGAUGUACGCAGCGUCUUACGGCCAUCAUGAAGUAAUAGCAGUUUUCUUAUCGAUCUUCCGAAACAAUAUCAAAAGCCUCCAAUUACAUAAACGGAAUAAUGACGGUUUCACUGCUCUACACUUAGCUGUACGUAACAGACACGAGUCGUGCGCCAGACUUCUGACGAAAGAGGGCCAAAUCUUUCCAACUGCCAUCGAUGAAUUCCCUGACCCUAAAGACCUUGACAGAGCCCCCACGCCGACGGAAACAAACGCACAUUUUUGCCAAAAUACCAAUGCUUUGUAUACAGUGCUGAAGCAGAAACAUCGGGUUAAAAGUGAUGAUAGACGGACCACGGGAACAAUGACAGUUGAUGCUGAUGACCUCGACUUAAUCAACUACUCCAGCUUGAGUGUUUUAGAGUGCAACGUAGGUGAUUUCCCACUUUCUACCUAUACUCACCCAUUUGGGCUCCAGAUGACAAAAUCUACCCAGGUGAUAUCCAUAGAUAACCGUAAAACACCCCAAGAAACAGACGAAAACAAAAAUGAAAAGCUAGAGGAAAAUCUGCCAGCUGACGAUGUGGAAUCCAAACCCGAUGACUGGCCGGCGGUUCCAAUGCAACUUAAGACUGUCCAACAAAAAGUUUUACAGCCCCUCAUGCCAACAGAAGUAACGAAUGUGCAGCCUUCAAAUGUUAAUACUUUCCAAAGGAAAUGCCUUUUGAAGCAAAGUAAUAGAGGGAUAUCGGCCUACCGAAUUAAAAUUCGGGAUUCUAGCAAUGCAACAGGUAAUUUAAGAAAUGCACAUUCAAUAGACUCAGUUGAUAGCAUUAUAUCCGGUUCUUCGAUCAGGUCGGUUCACUUAAAAAGAAAUAAACAGAUCGAUGUUGAACAUGAGGCCGUAAGCAGUCUUCUGCCACUAAUACCAUGUAAAGAUACUUCUUUACCACCUGUUAAGUACUCUUUAAAGCGUAGUGGUAGUUCUAAGAAAGAUACUGUGUGCUUCCCAACUGCUCCCAUUAUUUCAGUUAGAGCAGAUCAGCCUUCAAAUGAGAUAGAAAUGUAUAAAAAAAAUGUCGUGGCGCUUUCGUAAAGAGCUUUUAAAAAUUCAUCCCUAAGUGUUAGAUGCAUAAUUAAUUUAUAUGAAAUAUAAUCUUUGUGACAAAGCAAUAAAACAGAAAUUCAAUUUUGUGUGUUCGUAGA